AAUCUCGCGAGAUUUCACGAAGAGGAGAGUGUCGGAUUCCAGUGGAUAGAGGGAAGAGGGUGAGAGAGGGGCUCUUGGUAACGCUGCAGGUACGUCAAAAACAUGGGGGACGACCGGCCGUUCGUCUGCACUGCCCCUGGCUGUGGACAGAGGUUCACAAAUGAAGACCACCUUGCCGUCCACAAACACAAGCAUGAGAUGACCCUCAAAUUCGGACCUGCCAGGACCGACUCGGUCAUAAUUGCAGACCAGACGCCCACGCCCACGCGGUUCCUGAAGAACUGCGAGGAGGUGGGGCUCUUCAGCGAGCUGGCCAGCUCCUUCGAGCAGGAGUUCCGCAAGGCCCAGGAGGACGACGACAACAACAACAAGACGGCCAAACACCCGACUCCCUCUGAAGUGAAGGUGAAGCAGGAGAAUUCGGUGGAGCUGGACUCCUCCCCUCCCAACAGCCCCAACUCCGUCUCCAGCAUGUCCGACACAGAGUCCAGUGAGCCCACGCCCAUUCCACAGACUCCCACGGUCAGCUCUGCUCCCACCCCAGCCAUUGUGCGGCCUGGCUCACUGCCCCUCCACCUGGGCUAUGACCCCCUGCACCCCACCCUGCCCUCCCCCACGUCUGUCAUCACACAGGCCCCGCCCUCCAACCGUCAGCUGGGAUCCCCAACAGGACCGUACUCCAUGAUGAUGCACCUCCCCAACGGGCAGGCAGUGCCCCUGCUCCCCAGCCCCGGCCAGAUGGCUUCAGUCAUAUCACUGGCCCGGCCGCUCUGCAUGGUGCCGAACAUUCCCGGUAUUCCGGGUCCCCCGCUGGGCGGAGCUAGCAGUGGGUCCUCCUCGCCCUCCGGAUACAGCGCUCACUCCGACGCCAAGAUGAGGUUGAAAGCAGCGCUGGUGUCCCAGCAGAAUGGCGGUGGCGGCGGCGUGGCUGUGGGCUCCAGCCCCAUGGUGCCCCAGAGACAGGAGCAGGGCCAGAUCCUGUCCCAGCACCCCGACACCCCCAGCCCCGCACAGCCUCAGGUGUCCCCAGCCCAGCCCACCGGGGGCCGGCGGCGGAGGGCGGGCGAUGACGACCCGGACGAGCGCAGGCAGCGCUUCCUGGAGAGGAACCGGGCCGCCGCCUCCCGCUGCCGGCAGAAGCGCAAAGUGUGGGUCGGGGCUCUGGAGAAGAAGGCCGAGGAACUCACCUCCAUGAACGUCAAUCUGUCCAACGAGGUGACCGUGCUGCGGAACGAGGUGACCCAUCUGAAGCAGCUGCUCCUGGCCCAUAAGGACUGCCCCGUGACCGCUCUCCAGAAGAAGGCCGCUUACCUGGUCGGAGAGGAGAGCCCGAAAGACCCCGUGGAACCCAAGGGCUCCCCGGCCCAGGUGAUCCAGCACGGCUCCCUGGCACCCAGCCCGGGAGGACGGGCCAACGGCCUGAGCCAGCGGGCCCCGGCGGAGGUGGUGGCCAUGUCCGUGCUGGCGGGGAUGGGCAGCCAGCGGCCCCCCGGGGCCUCCCACGGGGCCUCCCAGGUCAUCGUGGCACCACAGUCCCACCCCUCCGGCAGAUGAUGAGCAGGACGGCGACGCCCCUCUGGAACUCCUUUAAAAACUGACACAGCUGAGGGGGCGGGGGGGCGGGGGGACAGGGGCUGUGAGAACGGAGUCGGGUUCCCACACUCCUGGUCUCGCCGUUCCCACACUCCCAGCCCCCUUCGGCUUCCGGAUCUGUGGGAGUGUCGGAAUGAACUGGGAAUGGAUAAAUUCCUUUUCACCUUGCCAUAAUAGACUACGUGGGCUAUACUGCUCCCCCUCUCCCCCCCCCCCUCUAAACCAUCUUCCUGACCCCACUACGACCCCAAUACCCACCCUCACAACAACCGACUGUUAAAGUGAUGCAGUUCCCUUUUCGGGUUUUAAUUGCCUAAAAUUGCAUGGCAGAAGCCUCCGUUUCCUCUCGGGCCGAAUGUAAAAUGUCUGCUUGGUGGCCACUGCUCCCCGUGUCGGUAGGUUGAAGGCUGGGAAGGGUUGGGAUCUUGUAGAAUCCAGUUCCUUCUGUCUCCGGUUGGUGCGGCCAUGAAGCUCUCUGGGCUCUCGAUGAGGGCUGUCAAUCAGAUGUCAUGGGCAGGACAAAAACCAAGCAGUCCCCUCUAGUUUCUGUGCUGCUGCUCUGAUCCUAGUCUUAUUUCAACACGCAGCUGAGGAAGAAGGGUGUUUUUUUUGGCCCUGUAACAUUCAUGCUUUUGCAUUCGGGCAAGUGACCCAACUUUAGUCCUAGAGAGUCCGCAGAGUUUGCUUGUUUCUGUUGAUACUCUGUUGGCUGUUCAUUGAUCAUCUGCAGAAGGUUUUUAGACAUUUCACUCGCCUCACCUUGUUUCUUGGGCCAGAAUUCAAGAUGGAUGCCAGCAGACCCUGCAGCGAUCCAGGGGCGCGGAUCCAGGGCCCUGUGUGUCCAGCUUUGGCCUCUUCUCAGCCGCUUAAACCUCCUGUGUACACUUCUGGCUACUGCUGUUAAUAGUAUAAAGCAGAUUUACAAAUCUCCCCACCAUUUUCGGGUUUUAAUUUUGAAAUUUUUUUCAAGUUUUGAGAUCAGGGGAAGGUUUGUGAUGUCACUUCCUGUUGUCAGCCCAUCUCCUGUGGUAUCUUCUGUAUUAUUUAUUGGUCUGAGUGACUGUAACUGGGGGGGUUGGCCUUGUUUCAGUGGCUCACUCUAGAUAUCGUUGGCUCUGAAAUCAUUGGCUCACUGUAGAUAUCGUUGGCUCACUCUAGAUAUCGUUGGCUCACUCUAGAUAUCGUUGGCUCACUCUAGAUAUCUUUUGACUCACUGAGCCAAGGGGGCCAGGCUCACACCUGUUUUUGCUCCCAGGUAAUCGCUUCCACUUGCAAAUGAUCAUUUGUGCCACUGCGCUUCAUUUUACAUAUAAUAUGCCGACUCAUUAGCUGCUAGCUGCAUUACUGUGCACCUACUGGCUACCAUAGCAUAUCUGGUUAGUGUUUGAUUGUAAACACCUGUGUGUUAGUUUUAUGAAACAUUAAUGUUUUGUUAAAUUUCAUUGUCAAAAAAAUGCCAAUUAUACCAAAUACCAACGUUUUAAAUCUUAGCAGACAUUUCAUUUUGUACACGAUAGCGGAGAUUGCAUUGUGACAGUUUACCUUCUUACAUUUAAUAUUUUUUACUCAAAAUAUUUUUAAAAACCUAUUCAACUUGUUGUUCACAUUGUUGGAAAGUCGGUCUUUUCUCACCUAGUGAAGCAAACUUUGGAGUCAUAGUUGUGCAGUGGGUAACAGCUGCAGCAAGGAAGGUGGGGGGUUCGAAUCCUGGCCGAGCCUUUCUGUGUGGAGUUCGCAUGUUCUCCCGUUCCUGUGGUUCCUCUUCCUCCCACAAUCCAAAGAUGCGGUGCAGUUUGGGGUAACUCCUGGGGUGUCAACAGGGCGUUGCUGUCAGAGCAUGCAUGCUCAGUCAACCUACCCUGUAAAAAUGAAGUGUUUGGAAUACCACAAUGUCAAAAUUAUAUAUAAAUACCAGCUGAUCUGUAAACAUAAUUACUACAUAAAGGUUAGAAAACAAAAGUUUGGUACUGUAUAUGCAGGCUAUUGCCUUACUUAUUAGCUCAUACCAUUUUAUCUUGCAAGUCAUGAAAUCUGCGCGACUAGCUCGCUUGCGAACAUUGCAGUUUGAGCUUGCUAGCAAAUUCAAAAGGUUUAUUUGGUUUUUUUAAUCCGUUAGCUAGGAAGCUAGCUACAGAAGACUGUUUGUCCUCAUAGUGGGAGCGGUCAGUCUUUUUAGCGGGGUGGUUUUAUUAUCUGAAAUUCUGUACUCAAUACUCCAGGGGAUCCAGUGUGAAUACAUGACUGUUUGGGCGAGUUGUUUAUGAGCAGGCUAGCAAUCAAGCUAACGUGCUAACUCCACACAGGCCAGAGAAUGAGCAAGACGUGUGUAAUAUACACAUCCUGUAUGAUGGCCACAUUAGUCAUUAUGUUUCUGUUCACUUUCUCCACUCAUUCAUUCUAUACCAAUUCAAUUUAGAUUUUCAAGAAAUUGGGGAAUUGAUAUAUAUAUUUUUUACUUUAAAUGAAUGUGUGAUUCUCAACUAUGACUAAAGAGAAUUACGGCAAUGUCUUGCCUUGACUAUUUGGCCAAUUUAAUCAAGGUGAAUGCUGUGCUAGUCUACAUGGCCCAGUUAGGUUAGGUUUUAAAAUAGCUUUCUUGCUAGCUAUCUACUGUAAUGAUGCUUGUUGUUGUGCAGGCUUGUCAAGUAUAGCCAACUAAAAACCGUUUAGAUUUAGAGUACAAAUUAAAUACAGUAAGUGCUGUGAAAGGUCCUCUUGCAUAUGUUUAAUACAAACUAAUGCGUAUCUAAUUAAAUAGAUUUUAACCGUUUAUCAUGGCUGCCUCCCUGGAUUGCAGGAUGAAUUUCGGUAAGGCAGAUUAGACUUUGAAAGGCAAAUGUUAGACAGAGGCAAAUCGGCGCUUAACAAAUGUUAGGGAUCAAAUGCAUCACGCUCAUUGUGCAUGUUUGUGUGGUUCAUGUAUGUGACGUAAAUCUAUUAAAAGGGUGGGUGUACAUCUUAACAUUGUGAGAAUGAAUUCCCAGAAAUGGAGGCACAAUCUGGCUAUGGGUGGCCAGUAGGCCAGGUACAGUAAAGCUAGAUGGGUUUGCUCAGCUGUGUGUGUGUGUGUGCGCGUGCGCGCGUGCGUGCGUGCGUGCGUGCGCACGCCUUUCAGGUGUGACCUGUGUAUGUGCUAAUGUACCCAGGGUACUGUCAGUAACGAGCAUCUGUGUGGAGUCGUUACUGUGCUGGUUUCAUUCUAAUCUGUUUCUUCAUUAGCACUGAUCUGCUUGAUGUUAACUUUGUAACACUAUUUCUGACACACACUCACACACACAUAUCCUGUGUAAGUAUGAAAGAAGUUUAAUCUGCCUAAGAAAUUACCUUUUGCAGUGCCUCAGGACUCCCAAGGUUAUUUCUGUUUUUUUGUUUUUUUUUUUAGGAGCAAAGGGUUUGUUUUUCUUCAAGGGGUAACAUGGUGGUUGGUCGCACUUUCUAUGCUUCUAUUUGCAAUUUGCACAGGGGGGCAUUGAAGAAACGCAACAAGUAUUAAAUCUGUCCAUUCUUCAAUUUUGUAGAAGUAGGCAUUUUAAAUUUAGGGUCCUAUUUUCAACCAGUUGAGUGUUCUCCUCAGAGUACGUCACACAAGGAUAACCACUCCCUUUACCCACAGUUUGCGCCGCUGGCCUCCAGGCAAGGCAAUGCAAAUAUUUGACUAACGUUAGGUUAACUUGCAUUAGAGUGCAUUUUAAGGACUGUUAGACUAUUCCUGGUUAUAUUUAUUUAGCUGGCUGAACGACUGAAUAAAAAUAAAAUAAAAAGUUUGUUUUGUUGCCUAAAGACGAGUGGCAAGUGUCACAUUCAACCACCAUGUUAAUCCUUUAAAUUUGUUGGUACAUGUACACAGAACCAUCAUGAGGAAGUGCAAAAAAAAAAAAAAAAAAAAAGAGAAUAUUACUUUUGUAUAGGCCUCAAAGUGAUGGGGAAACCUACGUUCUCAUUUGAUUGUGAUUAACCUUCAUGAAUCCACUGGGAACUUUUAAUACUUCCUUGGUUUGACUGCCAGCUUACCUAGCCUGUGAUGGACACAGCUGUACUGACCUGGACUGAGGAGGAUGAGGAAGGCCCACAGGACUGUAGCGCCUCCUAUGGACAGGCCUCCUGAUACAGGCCCCCCCAUAUCUGUACUGCUUACAAUUAUAACAUGGUCUUCUUUCAGUUCUCCAGCCAUUACUGGCCUCUUUCCAUAAUGUCUUGUGUGCAGCAGAUCAUGCCCAAUCUGUAGACGGCACCAGAAAUAGUCUGGAAUGCAACAGCAUGUCUUGACUUGGUUGGUUUUGUCCAGGACUUUGUUUUUGGGAAGUUCACAGCGUGGGUGUAUAAGCAGUUCUGACCCCCAGUGGAACCCCCUGUGGUAGCUGCCUCGUGCCUGUACCUUGAUGAUUGCAGUCCCGCAGAUAAGCCAGGUAAAUGCAUUUGAAUAGUCCUUAUUCAGCUUUUCAACUCUGUAAUAGUCAGUGACAUUUUUUAUUUUUGUUCUUGAAUAGCUACUGUUAGACAAUUGAAAUACCAUGAUUUAUUAAUGCUUCACUUGUAAUUACUUUUUUUUUGUUUUGUUUUUUUCUUUUCCAUUUCGGGAGGGCAUCCACUUUCUUCCUUAAGAUUGUUCUAGUUUCCUAAUAUAUUAAAAUGUGACUGAACAAAAGGGUCUGAUCAUUCCGUAAGGUUUUAUGUCUGGUAUGGCUCUCGCUGUACUGGCAGUCGAGUCACCAUACAGUACUUCAUGUCUGAGUGUCCAUGUCUCAAAGUGUCAUAUUUGCAAAAUAAAAAAUGUUCAGGAUUUAUCUCAAA